CAAUUGAGCUAAAAUUGAUAAAGGGGCUACGAACGAACACAUGCAGCAGAACGGCGAUAACAAGAAUAACAGAAUUUGCUAGAGUUGCGCGUCUCCGCUGUAGUUACAAUUCGGUCGUGAAAGCAUAAUCACCAUUAUUAAGAAACAUGGUGUCGUUCAGUCGUAAACUAUUUGCAAUGCUAUUGACACUGCUAUCCAUUUCAUCUUUAGAAGGUUUUUGCAAUAGGAAACGUGCACUUGAUUAUCCAAAGCCAAAUUUUAAGUUUUUGCAUCCUAAAGGGCUAACAGUGUGGUAUCCAACGUUGCCGGAAGUGAAAAAAAUUGAAAUCAAAAUAUACGUAAAUAGACUGAAUGGUCCAUACGACAUAUCUCUGAGCACCUCGACUAUUUCUGACAAAAAAUUUAUUGCAACUGAUGACAACGCUUUCAUUAGAAUACGUGAUCACCUAAAAUCAGAUAUAAUUUUUUAUUAUGGUGGUAACAACUGCUCAGUAAUAGGCCAUUCUUUCACUGUUAAAGAUUCCUCCCCAAUUUACACAAAAGCUGCCAAGGAAACAAAACCUGACAAACUGGAAGGAGAAGUCAAACUAUUAGAGGCCAUCAUAAAUGACCUGCACAGCAACUGCAGUAACGCCACGACAGUCAGCAACCACCUGUUUCUGAACUUCCGUCCAGCAUCCGCGAAUCUUGACCCUCAACAAUUGAAAAUGUACACACUGAAAGAGCUUCAGAGGAAACUGCCGAAGAUGGACUGGAAAACCGUGCUGGUGAGGGCCUUCUACUACAACGACGGAGUGGGAUUCGAAGUAAAUACUGUGCUGAACAAGUUGAAGGCUUUGCAAAUGUUUAAAGCCCUGGCCCGGUACACAGUGACGGAUUUGGACCAACAGAGUGGAAUUGAAGAUGAUGAUGACGAUGAAAGCAGUCCUAUAAUAUUUCAUGGGAAAGCAGCUGCCGGGAAGCCGAAUCCUUAAAUGCGUUCAAGGCACAAUGAAAAUGAGCUUUUUUCAGCACUGAUCGUUUGAAAGUGAUACUCAGUUCAAACACAUCAAAACCCUUAAUAUAGUAAUACAUGUAUUCGUUUUGAACAACUUGUUUUAUUUGUAUUAACGGUGGCACACAGAAGGACGUAUUUUAGGGGCCAAAAGAGCCACGCAAAAUUUUACUUUCGGAAUUGAAAAAAAUGAAACAAGAAAUUGCCUACAGUUUUAAAUAUUUAAAUUUUCUUGAAUAAGACACUAUUUUUGUCACACAAGUUUCAAGUUCAGA